GCCACUUCCAAAGCAAUCUAAUUUCACAAUCAUUUUGAAGUAAAGCACGACAUAUUGCCACAAUGACGACUACAGUUCAGAUCGAAAAGAAACAUGAUGAAAAUAGUGUCACCGCUGUCACAACAUUUCUUGAAGGAGUUCACAUUCAAAAAAGUGCACCCUACAGCUUUAUUGACACUCCCACAAAGCUCUCUGCCGUUCUCGACUCUAUCUAUGACUUGCCAACCAACCCACCAUCUCUUUACAUUGACCUGGAAGGGGAAAACCUUUCCAGACAUGGCACCAUCUCCAUUCUUCAACUCUUCAUUUCUUCGACAGAACAAACGUACCUAAUUGACAUACAUACUCUUGAAGACAUGGCAUUCACCACAGGCAAUAAGGAUGGUUUGACUUUGAAGGAUAUUCUUGAAUCUAGCAUGAUUCCUAAAGUGUUUUUUGACGUACGUAAUGACUCCGACGCAUUGUACAGCCACUACAAGAUUAGCCUUCAAGGAGUGCAGGAUCUGCAGUUGAUGGAGUUAGCAACACGGUGUUUUCCUGGGAGAUUCAUCAACGGCUUGGCUAAGUGUAUCGAGCGGGACUUGAGACUCUCCUCGAAUGAGAAAAUCGCCUGGCAGAACACGAAGGAAAAGGGACUCCAUCUCUUCGCUCCGGAGCGUGGCGGCAGCUACAAAGUGUUCAAUGAACGUCCAAUCUCGGAAGCUAUUAAGCUUUACUGUGUGCAAGAUGUCAAAUUUCUACCUAGGCUAUGGUCGCAUUACAAUAGCUUACUUACAGUUCAGAAGAGGGAGAAGGUGCGCCUGGCUUCCUCUGAAAGGGUUCGAGAGUCCCAAUCUUUGGACUAUCAGUCUCACGGUCGACAAAAAGCGUUAAUUCCCAAAGGUUGGUAGCCUUUUGGGCCACGGAUUCAGUCUUACGCCGAACAAAUGUCUUGGCAUAGGAACAUCUGCCUGAUGAACGGUUAAAAUAAUGGAUUGAUGGUGAUGAAACACAGUGCCACCAGUUUUGAAAGGAGGUAUGAGGUCUACCAAAAGUGUGUUUAAUAUUUGACACUUGUUUCGUUGUUAGAGGAGAACUUUUGGCGGCCCUUUUGACUUAGGCAAGAAUCUCCCAUAGAAGCG